UUCUCUUCUCCUUCAUCAACCUUCCCCAAAAAGCCCUCUCUUCUCUAUCCUCACCUACCCAAUUAGCCAAACACUAUGGCCCUCUAAUAUCUCUAAGGCUAGGCACUCAACUCCUUGUUAUUGGGUCUUCCCCAAUGGCUGCCACAGAAAUCCUCAAGACCAAUGGCCGUUUAUUCUCGACUAGGUAUGCUCCUCAAGCAACUCCUUGUAAACACGAUGUUCUUGACCGUUUAUCACUUGUUUGGGCUAGUGGAAGCACAGAUAAUUGGAAGUUCUUGAGAGCCUUAUGCAGAAACCAACUGUUCUCCGCCAAGGCCAUAGAGCUACAGGCCAUUUUGAGGGAAAAGAAAGUGAAUGAAAUGGUUGAGAUUUUGAGGACCAAAGAAGGGAAAGUGGUAGAUAUUAGAGAGGUUGUGUUUACCACUAUUUUUGAUACACUCGCUAACCUUUUUUUCUCGAGGGAUUUCAUUCGGUUUCUAAACCAAGGAAUUGCAAGUGAAUUGUAGGGACUAAUUUGGAAGAUGAUGGAAUUGGGGACUACUCCAAAUAUUGCUGAUUUUUAUCCUCUACUUCCAAGGUUGGACGUCCAAGGUCUAAGAAAAAAAGCCUUAGGUUGUCUAAAUGAAAUCUUUGGUGUUUGGGAAUUUCUUAUCAAGGAAAGAAGAGAAAGUAGUCACGGACAUAGCAAUACAAAACAUGGGGAUUUUCUUGAUGUUUUUCUUGCAAAUGGGUUCACUGAUGAACAGAUCAAUGCCUUGU